AUGUUUAAGAAAGUCACCAGAUCCAUAGCUCAUCAGAUGGAUCCAGGAGGAGAACUGGUUCCAGUUCACAGCAUCUUAGACCAUGAAGAUUUCAAACCCCUCUGCCUAGUGAGAAGAAAGACAAAAGCCAUGUUCCGCUCCGGUCCCUCUUACAGACAGACAGGGUACAGCCUCAAUGACGUGCUGCUGCCUGAAGAAGAUGACGAAAGCACAGAGUCCCUCCUCAGCAGAGGUGACCAACUCGUAAUCCAAAGAAGCGCCAGCGACACAGCUGACGGCAGCCUGAGCCUCCAGGCUGACCCUGCAAGCGUGGAGAUGAAAGCAGCUGCCUCCUUGGCCGAAGCGUGGUCCAUCAAGCUGGAGAACAACCAGAUCCCAAUACCAAAACUGGAGGCACUGACAAAGAGAAAAAUGAAUGUGAAUCACUCCUUCAUUCAGCAAAUAAUGAAAACACAACAACACUUGUAUGUGGUGCACGAGGCAAUAGAAACCUCAGAGGAGACCAGAUAUGAGGAAUCCACCCACGCAGAGGGGAGCUUCAUGGCCCAGAUUUACGCCAAGCUUUGCGUGAAGGGCACCCAACAGAUCAAACAAAGCAUCACUAUCCCCAAGGGCUGCACCCUCGCCUUCAGGGUGAUCGAGCUGGCCAUUACAGAGGGAUCGUGGGGUCUUGUCUACAGCCCACAUGGAAAGAUAUUACGCAUCGUAUCUGAUGGUUUCUCACCACAAAAGUUAAGACGACUGAAGGAAGAAGUUCAGAACCACUGUCAAAUCCUUUCCCAGCUGUCUUCCGAUAUGUUCGUCACACUUUUAAAAGCCAUCAAAGCAGUGAUGAGAGACAGGAGCCUCUUUCAAGAACUGACCCACCAAAUGGAAGCAGUUCUUGGUGAAGUCGGUAGCUGUGAGCUCGAAACAGAAAGCCCAGACGUAAAAGACCUGCUCAGCAGCUUACAGCGCCUUCCGAGGUCUGUCCUCCUUCAGCUGGCAAGAACAAUCACCUACGCUCUCGACGCACUGGACGAGCUAACAGAGGAUCAGCAGCUGCUCUUGCUGGAGUCCUCGGAAGAGAAGAUCACAUCCCAACAGCUUCAGCUGGUUGCAAGCAUCUUGGAACACGAGCUAGGACGCAUCAGUCGGUGUUUCAGCGUGGAUGCUGGCUUGCUCUCCUUCUCACGAGAGGAGCAACAAAAAUUAACCAUUGCAGUGGUCGAGAUGAGCGGAGUGAAGCUCCAGAAAGACGGAUCUGCCACCUGCACAGAAGACGCCUUCUCAGCCGUAGCAGCCCUGUACGUGUCUCUGUACAUCCUUGAUCUUCUGAGUAACUCACAUUAG